GGUUCAUCUCCACGCCAGCGGUUUCUCGACUGAGGUCGGAUGAAGUGAUUCAGAUGCGUAACGAGCUCUUCAACAAAGAGAAGGAGAGGCAGCUGUCUCUUUACCCGCGGAUUGAGAAAAUUGAAGUAAAAUACACGGGGAAAUCGCACCCUGGCACCGUGUUUGUAAUGAACAAGGCUUUGUCUACUCCCUACAACUGCGCCAUGCACUUAAGUGAAUGGCAUUGCAAGAAAUCCGUUCUGGCUCUUGUGGAUGGUGAAGUCUGGGAUAUGUACAGGCCCUUGACCAAAUCAUGUGAAAUUCAGUUCCUUACUUUCAAAGAUGAAGAUCCAGAGGAAGUAAACAAGGCCUAUUGGCGUUCCUGUGCCGUGAUCAUGGCGUGUGUGUUAAAGCGGGCGUUCAAAGAUGAGUACUCAGUGAAUCUGAUGAAAGCUCCAGAAGUGCCAGUGAUCUCUGGAGCUUUCUGUUACGAUGUAAUUUUGGACAGUAAACUGAAUGACUGGAAGCCAACAAAUGACAACUUUCGUUCUCUUACAAGGGAUGCCAGAAAGCUAAUUCAGAAAGACCUGCCAUUUGAGGUACUGCGUGUUGAAGCAAAAGUAGCACGUGAAAUGUUUCAGCAUAACAGAUACAAAAUGGAGAUGAUAGAACGAAAAGCUUCUCAGAAUACAGAAGGAAUUGUAAUGUUACACAGGUUUGGUGACUUUGUAGAUGUUAGUGAAGGCCCUCAUAUUCCAAGAACAAGUUUCUGUUUCCAGUAUGAGAUAACAGCAGCACAUAAUCUUCAGACUAACCAAUCUGAAUUAAUAAGGAGGUUCCAGGGUGUGUCCCUGCCAGUCCAUUUGAAG